AUGGCUACAUAUAACUCGCAAGUCCAUACAAUGCCUCACGGUCUGCCGAACGCUCAGACAGAUCACGAUGUAUAUGGCCCAGGUUCAGCUUCCAGUGACAGCAAAAGCCCUCUCAGCCUGAACUUCCUCAAAAAUCUGAACCCAGACAAGAAGCAGACGAAAGAUGGCCAACCUCCCAAGCGGAGAGGUCCUAAACCAGACAGCAAGCCAGCCUUGACGAGGCGGCAAGAGCUCAACCGACAGGCGCAAAGGACGCAUCGUGAGCGCAAAGAAAUGUACAUCAAGGCGCUUGAACAGGAGGUACUUCGACUCAAGGAGAUAUUCGCAGAAACCGCUCGUCAGCGGGACGCAUUUCACGACGAGAAUCGCCGCUUGAAGGAGCUGUUACAACAGCAUGGCAUCACCUACGACUUCGGCGCAACACCGAUCAAGUUCCAACGUGAGAACAGCGGCUAUGGCGCGAGCUCGAGCGGUAGCAUCUCAGGCAGCUAUCAAGGCACAUCGGAGAGCACUGGUUUCAGCCCCCCAGCAAUGUCUAGCCACAUGAGACCACCUCAAGCGAUGUCGGCGAUGCAGACUGGCCAAAUGCGGAGUAUGGCACAAUUGCCGAACAAUCGACUCGACUACGACUCCAUUGGAAUCGACUUUGUCUUAACGCUCGAGCGACCAUGUAUGGACCAUAUGCAAUAUCUCCUCGUACGCUCGCACAACCCCGACGGACAAGAAAUGCAUCAUCCAAUGGAGAACCCAGACGAUUCCCAACACGAGCACAUGUCCGGCCACGCGUUGAUGGGCAGUGCAGCGCCCUGGUCACACAUCAAGGAGAAGCCCACGGAGAAUUAUCCUCAUCAGAUGCCGACAGAUAUUAGCAAUGACACUCUUGCGAAGCUCCUGGACCUGAGUGCGCGACUUCCCAUUGAUCGCGAAGGAGAAAUCACACCUGUCAUGGCGUGGACGAUGAUAUACACUAAUGACCGGAUACGGGACUUGGACAAACUGGACUUGGAGAGACUCAAGACCAAUCUUACCCCCAAAGUGCGAUGUUACGGAUUUGGUGCCGUACUUGAGGAGUUUGAAGUACGGGACGCUUUGAACACUAUACUUGCUGAAAAGGACAUUGUACCCGCGAUGUCGACCGCCAUGCCGACGGCCAUGUUCGUUCCACAAGCACAAGGUGUGCACUAA